UUCAGUGAAAGAACUAGCAUUAAGAGUUGUUCCCUAAAAUCUUUCUUGCAUCACUACCUUCGAAAAAACAAAGAAAAUGUCCCUGAUUCCAUCUAUUUUUGGCAACAGGAUUAUCUUCGACCCAUUCUCUUCAGAUAUCUGGGCACCUUUAAAUUCUAAUGAUGAGAUUUCAACAUUUGCCAAUGCCCAAAUCGAUUGGAAAGAGACCCCAGAGGCUCAUGUAAUCAAGGCUGAUCUUCCUGGACUGAAAAAGGAAGAAGUGAAAGUGGAAAUCGAGGAAGGAAGGGUUCUUCAGUUAAGUGGAGAAAGAAGUGUGGAGAAAGAGGACAAGAAUGAGAAGUGGCACCGUAUAGAGAGGGGACGUGGAAAGUUCCUUAGGAGAUUCAGGUUACCAGAAAAUGCAAAGGUUGAUGAAGUGAAAGCAACAAUGGAAAAUGGAGUGCUGACUGUGACAAUGCCAAAGGUGGAAGAGAAGAAGACAAAACUCAAAUCCAUUGAUAUCAGCAACUAGAUUAUUAAGCUGUCCAGCCUAUGAAAAAAAUAAUUAAAUAAGUAAUGGAGUGAUUGUGUUUAUUUCAUAUAAAUAAGUAAUGGAGUGAUAGUGUUUAUUU